ACUGGCUGAAGGUAUAUAAGGGGGAGACCAGGGCCCCGGAGAUCACUGCAGUUCACAGCUCGAGUCUUCUGAAACUACCUUCAGCACCAAAAGACAAAAGAGCUAAAGAUGGCAUUCGCCGGAGUCCUGAGCGACGCUGACAUCACUGCAGCACUGGAGGCAUGCAAGGCUGCUGACUCCUUCAACCACAAGACUUUCUUCGCCAAGGUGGGUCUGACCAGCAAGUCUGCUGAUGACGUGAAGAAGGCUUUCGCAAUCAUCGAUCAGGACAAGAGUGGCUUCAUUGAGGAGGAUGAAUUGAAACUGUUCCUGCAGAACUUCAAGGCUGAUGCCAGGGCACUGACUGACGGCGAGACCAAGACUUUCCUGAAGGCUGGAGAUUCUGAUGGCGACGGCAAGAUCGGAGUUGAUGAGUUCACUGCCUUGGUUAAGGCAUAAAUUGCUUCUGACCAACAACACCUCUUGCUCUGAAGGAACAACUUUGCCCAAGACCUCCCAUUUUCAUCUUACUAUAAAUAAUUUUUAUACUCAUGAUGCUUAUGAGAAGUUUCCUCCCAUGCAGCACACUGUCAAAAAACGAUGACUGUGAAUGUAGCGGUUGUGUCUCCUGUCUUAAAUAUGAACUUUGCUUACUGUAAAAUCUGAUGCACUUUUACGGGAACGGACGAUACGAAAAGAAUAAAUAUUCUUUUUCAAUAUAGACCUCUUUUCGUUUCUUCUUGUAGAUCUGCUGUGCACUCCAGCUGUAUGCAGAACGUUUAUAUCCACAUUUCCAUUGCAGUCAAAAUAAAAUAAAAUCAAACUA